CCGAAUUAAGCCAGUGCAGCCGAUAUCGGGACCCCGUGGUGCAUUGAUUCUUUGUGGAAGUUGGACGCAAACGAAAAUUCGCAACGAUGGCAAUUCCUCCUUCAUACGCGGACCUGGGCAAAGCGGCAAAGGAUAUCUUCAGCAAGGGCUAUGGCUUUGGGAUUGUGAAGCUGGAUCUCAAAACCAAGUCACAGAGUGGAGUGAUGGAAUUCAACACCUCUGGUUCCACCAACACUGAUACAGGAAAAGCAGGUGGACACCUGGAAACCAAGUAUAAGAUGAAGGAGCUGGGACUGACUUUUAAUCAGAAGUGGAACACAGAUAAUACUCUGGCUACUGAAGUCUCUGUGGAGGACCAGUUAGCUCAGGGCCUGAAGGUAGCCCUGGAUACGUCCUUUGUGCCAAACACAGGCAAAAAGAGCGGGAAGCUGAAGACUGCCUACAAACGGGACUACGUGAACCUUGGCUGCGAUGUGGACUUUGACGGCCCGAUCAUCCACGCGGCCGCCGUUUUGGGCUACGAGGGCUGGCUGACGGGCUACCAGCUGGCCUUUGACACGGCCAAGUCCAAACUGGUGCAGAACAACUUUGCACUGGGCUACAAGGCUGGUGACUUCCAGCUUCACACUAAUGUGAAUGAUGGGACUGAGUUUGGAGGCUCCAUUUAUCAGAGAGUGAACGACGAGCUGGAGACCGCGGUCACUCUGGCCUGGACCGCUGGAAGCAACAACACGCGGUUUGGCAUCGCCGCCAAGUACCAGCUGGACAAGGAUGCCUCCUUGUCUGCCAAAGUGAACAAUGCCAGUCUGGUUGGAGUAGGCUACACUCAGAAUCUAAGGCCAGGAGUGAAACUCACUCUCUCAGCCCUUAUAGACGGAAAGAACUUCAACACCGGAGGGCAUAAGGUCGGGCUGGGUUUUGAGCUUGAGGCAUAAGGUCAUUUGAAAACAGAGAGAGAGAGAAAAGACCUAAAUGGUGAAGAAGAGCUGAGUCUUCUCCCUGAUCCUUUAGUCCUCACACCCUGUGUUACUGCUCUCUUAGCUACCACACACACACACACACGCACACACACACCCCUCCACCUCCGCCCCCACUGCCACCAAAGCAGGACUUUUGACAAACGGAAAAAAGAAGUCAGCACCAUGUUUAUAUUUGUUAUUGCGAGGAUCUGAGUACCAAAGGCAGACUUUUUCCACUGGAUGUCAGCUCUAGUCCACUGUUGUUUUUUGUUGUUGUUGUUGUUUUUAUGUUUCAAACUGUUUCCCUAAUGAUCUACAUUGUGAUGUCAGUAGUGUGUAAAGAGGGGGCACGUGUCUCACAGGAAACCCCCCCCCCUAAAUAAACUCCAGUAUACAGAUUACAGUGGUCAUACUCAAAAGGAUGUCCAGUCAUGCCAGUUAUUUGUCUUAGUUGAUUUGGCAAGAGCCAGGCAUCGUAAAUAUUUACGGCAGACGACAAGCAGGCGGUUCAUUGUGCAGACAGAGGCAUUUUCUGCUGUCCGGGAGAACCCGACCUUUUCGCUCUCUCAUCAAAGGAAUGUUCUUGUCCGUGGCUUUGAGGCAUGGGGGGGCACAGUAGACUACAGAUUUAAAUCUGCAUACAUAAGAGAUUAGAUGUGCAUUUACUGCCCGGUUAUUAUACUGUCUGUCUCCCACAGAGGUUUCAUUUUCUCUCUUCAUAAUGUAGGAUAUCAUUGCAGUGGCUGGGAGUAUAAGCAUAGCAGAACUGUCCCUGCUGUAGAAGAGUGUGGAUCUGAAGACAAACGGG